AGCCCGGCUCCUCCUCCUGUAGGCACACAAUCAAGACAACCCUGCGAACUUUGAUUUCCUCAAGGUUUGUGUUUCUGAGGGUUUAUUUUCUGGCACUGGCUGGGAAUACCUCCCCAAUCAGUUCUUUAAAUCCCUGACAAAGCCAUACAGUUUUCUUGGCAACUGUCCAUUUCCCCACAAAAAGCAACGGGAGCAGAAGAAAGAUGGCUACCCCAGAUGAUUACCUUCGGAAGGACUGGCAGAUGGUCCGAGGUGUUCCUAUUGUCUGUGCGUUCUCUUUUAAUUGGGACAGGAUUGACAAUUUCCAGAGUAGGCCUGAUGAUAUUGUGAUAUCUACAUUUCCAAAAUCUGGCACUACAUGGGUCUGUGAAAUAGUGGACAUGAUUCUGCACGAGGGUGACUCUGAAAAAUGCAAACGGGAUGCAAUCUUCAACAAAGUGCCUAUGUUGGAAUUUGCAGUGCCUGGCAAGAUGCCUGCAGGCACAGAACAAUUAGCUCAGGUACCACCUCCUCGAGUGGUGAAGACCCACCUUACUGUGGAUCUCCUUCCCAAGAGCUUCUGGGAAAAUGGCUGCAAGAUGAUAUACGUAGCCCGCAAUGCAAAAGAUGUUGCUGUUUCCUUUUACCAUUUUGACUUGAUGAACAAGUUGCAUCCAGAACCUGGCAGCUGGGAUAACUACCUGAAGAAAUUCAUGGCAGGAUGGACUGCUUUUGGUUCCUGGUAUGACCAUGUGAAAACAUGGUGGAAUAAGAGGAACGAACAUCCUAUACUAUACCUAUUUUAUGAAGACAUAAAAGAGGAUCCAAAGCGUGAGAUUAAGAAAAUCAUACAUUUUUUGGGAAAAGACCUGGAAGAAUCAAUUGUGGAUAAGAUUGUACAGAACACGUCAUUUGAAAUUAUGAAGGACAAUCCGGUUACAAAUUAUAGGAUGGCUCCAUCUACUGUGAUGGAUCACAGUGUCUCCCCAUUUAUGCGCAAGGGGCUUGCUGGAGACUGGAAGAAUCAUUUCACUGUGGCUCAGAAUGAGGCAUUUGAUGAAGAUUACAAGAAGAAAAUGGCCAAUACAACACUGCGAUUCCGAACAGAGAUCUGAGGCUCCCUUUAGAGUUGCUACUCUUCUCCAAUUAUAGACAGAACCUGCAAUUUUGUCAAUAUUUUGGACUCUCCAGGGUAUCUGUUUUUAAUCAAAGAGAAAACACAAGUUUCUAACAGAUAGUUGUGUGAUAAAUGUGUAACACUGGAAGGGCCACAUUAUGAAGGAGUGGAAUGCAUAGUUUUUUUCUGACAGUUUAAGCAAUUAAAUGUAGAGGGAAAACUUGGGAGGGGUGAUAAUCUGACUUGGACAAAUGACCUGUGAGGGGUGUCUGGAGCACCUCUCUUAAAUCCUAUUUUUUUUAGACUGAUAUACAGAAUAUUGGUGCUUGCAUUUUGAGCUAAAAAUGAAAUAGAUCAUGAGGCUGCUCCUUAUCCUGUCAUCUUUGUGGGUAUCCUCUAGAGUUGAGCAGAAAAUCCCAUCAGAAUAAGGUAGAAUCUGUAGAAUCACCAAAGUUGCCAUUGGCAAGCAGAGUAAAUUUUCUUCAUGGAGGAAUGGCAAUGUUUGUUUAAGAGCCAUGAUCCUAUAUUAUUUUGGUGGGACUUUCUGCUUUGCCAAUGUUCAUUAGGCUACUGGUUGAGUUUGAAUCCACAGGCAUGAUCCAGAGCAAUAAUUAGUGGGGAGCAACUAGGGCUUUCCCCAAGGACACCAAAAUUUAAGGCCAUCAAAAUCUGAAAGUGAAUCAUUCACUUUCCACCCAAGUGACUGGGUGUGUGACAUAGCUACUGUGGAGGGUGAUGGUGAAAUUUACUUGUGCGGCCACUGUAACUUUAUGGUGGCCUUUUCUUACCCUUUCAUUUUAAUUGAUAUUUUAAUUAACACAGCUUUAAAAAAAUGAAAUAGCAUCGUGGAUGUAUAACAGAUAAUCUCACCACAUUGCUAUCCAGACAGUGACUGGAAAAUUUGUUUUUAAUCAUUAAAAUAAAGCAUAAUGGUGAUAUUGUACAGAUGAAAGUGGUGUAGCUCUAAGGCUGUCUGAAUCAGCACAGACUACACUUCUUUUUAAUUUGUCUCUAAAAAAAUUUGAUUUUUUGUGUGCUGUGACUCUAUAUAUUUACACAAACUUUAGGGUACAACACCUGGAGGUCAUAAUGGACUGGAAGAUGGUAAAUUGGCAAAAUCCUAACCUCACCAUGCAGUCAUUCAAUACAUCAUCUUGUAAAAUGUUAGGGUUAUAUUAUUAAAAUUUAUCAAGAUAUACUACUUCAAUUGCAGAGUUUAGUAAAUUUCUACUAGGUUUAAUAUAAUUAUACCAUUCUUUUGAGAACUCUGAUUAAAAUGAGACUUUUUCUCCUGAAGUAAUACACUUUUUGAUUUUUUACAGUGAUAUUUAAUGUUUCCGAGUUAUCCUUCAUUGCAUAACAGGUAAUAUGCACCCAUGAGGAGAAGGCCAUCUAUUAGUCUUUAAGGUGCCACGAGAUUUCUGUUUUUAAUUUUUUCUACACAUGCUGAAACAGACUAACAUGCUUGUCCUUUUGAAAAGCUGUCCUAUUCUGUGUAAUAUUUCCUUUCCUUAUAGAUGAAAUGCAGUGUCUUGAUGAAAAGGUGGCAUAUAAAGGCACUAAAUAACAAAUAAAUAAACAAUAAAUUCUGUGAUUGCAGAAUCUGACGGUACUCUUAAAUGUUAUAGAUUCUUGGAAACCAAAAGAAAUUAAAAGUUAGUAUGUUCUUUAGUGAAGAGCACUGGACCAAUUUGGAUACACAGUGUAGUGUUAUGGAUAAAAGUAAUGGACUGCGACUCAGGAGCCCUGGAUUUUAAUCCCUCUCCACCAUGAAAACUUGGGGCAGUAGGGGGUGGUGGGGGUGGAACUGACAAAGCCACUCCUCCAAUAUUCAUUUACAGUGUCUUUAAAGCCCUGUUAGGGCUGCUUUAAGUUGGUUUUGACUUGACAACACAUAACCUACACAUAUAGGACAGACUGGAAGAGGCAGUCACAUGACUUCUAUGAAUUUUCUGGUUAUUUUCACCCUGCUUUUCAGCUUGAGUGGGUGUGAUGAAUAGCAAUCCUCUUGUAUUUAGUCCAUUAAAAUAUUGCUCCAGGAUAAAAAUAAUAAUUUUGG